ACAGUUCCUCACAGUCUUAACACCAGAGAGCUAAACCCUCAGAGAAGACCUGGAAAACCUUAAGACUAGAAUACAAUCAAUACAAUAAUAUCUAAACUAGAAACUCUAUUUACCAGAAACUCUUUACUAGAAAAGCUAUACUAGAAACUCUAUACAAAGAGGCACCAGGUUUAGUAGGUGAACAUCCAUAGCCCCCCUUCCUGUGGACUUUAUAGGCUGAAAUGUAUUAAUGACAGGUGGCUUAUCCAAUCAGGAGCUUGUGAUUUCAAUAAAGCCCUCCCUUGAUCUGUGUGUUGAUAAAGCCACUGUCACUCCUUCACUUUCUCUCACUUUCACACAUUCACACACGCUUGUUCUCUCUCUCCCACACACACACACACCCAAUCUAUCAUUCUCGAUAUCUCUCUGCACCUCUUCUCUCAGUCACACACACUUAUACACUCACCCAGUUAUUGGGAAAACAUGUAUCAGAUAUCAAGGCAGAACCAGACUAAACUGACCCAGAACCCUCUAGAGAAGAUCUGGGUGAACAGUAAGCUGACCCGACGCAGGGGCUCCUCAGUGCCCCAGUUCACCAACUCUCCUACCAUGAUUGUGAUGGUGGGUCUGCCAGCCAGGGGGAAGACCUACAUCUCCAAGAAGCUGACCAGAUACCUCAACUGGAUAGGAGUUCCCACCAGAGUGUUCAACGUUGGCCAGUACCGCCGGGAUGCCACACGCUCCUACAAGAACUACGAGUUCUUCAGACCCGACAACCAGGAGGCCAUGAAGAUACGCAAGGCCUGUGCCAUCAGUGCCUUGAAGGACGUGUGUUCCUACUUCACCCAGAAGCAGGGCCAGGUGGCGGUGUUUGAUGCCACCAACACCACCACAGAACGCAGAGACGUCAUCCUCGGCUUCGCCAAGGACAACGGAUACAAGGUAUUCUUUGUGGAGUCUCUGUGUGACGAUCCAGAGAUCAUAGCUGAGAAUAUCAAAGAAGUGAAGCUGAGCAGCCCAGACUAUGUGGGCUGUGACCAGGAAGAGGCGGUGGCCGACUUCCUGAAGAGGAUCGAGUGUUACAAGGUCACCUACGUGCCUCUGGACGACAACAAGGACAGGAACCUGUCCUACAUCAAGAUAUUUAACGUGGGCAGUAGGUACCUGGUGAACCGUGUGCAGGACCACAUCCAGAGUCGCAUCGUCUACUACCUCAUGAAUAUUCAUGUCACGCCGCGCUCCAUCUACCUGUGUCGCCAUGGCGAGAGCGAGCUUAACCUGGUGGGGCGCAUCGGGGGCGACUCAGGGCUGUCGCCACGUGGGAGCAAGUUUGCCAGUGCGUUGGGCAGCUACAUGCAUGGCCAGUGUAUCAGGGACCUGAAGGUGUGGACCAGCCACAUGCGCAGGACCAUCCAGACAGCAGAGGGGCUGGGAGUUGGGUACGAGCAGUGGAAGGCCCUCAACGAGAUAGAUGCUGGUGUGUGUGAGGAGAUGACAUACAAAGAGAUCCAGCAGCACUACCCUGAGGAGUUCGCUCUGAGGGACCAAAACAAGUACCGCUACCGCUACCCUAAAGGAGAGUCCUACGAGGACCUGGUCCAGCGUCUGGAACCGGUCAUCAUGGAGCUGGAGCGUCAGGAGAAUGUGCUUGUCGUCUGUCACCAGGCCGUCAUGCGCUGCCUGCUCGCCUACUUCCUGGACAAGACAGCAGAUGAGUUGCCCUACCUCAAGUGCCCCCUGCACACGGUGCUGAAGCUCACACCAGUGGCCUACGGUUGUAAGGUGGAAUCUCUCUUCCUCAACAUUGAAGCUGUCAACACACACAGAGAUAGGCCGGUGGAGAGCCUAGACUGUGAUGACCCAAUGUCAAGUCCCGCCCCCAACAAAACACUGCAAGACUUUACCAUACUCAGCCUGCAGAACGUAGACAUGGACCGAGAAGCAGAGGAGGCGCUGGUGACCGUCCCUGAACACGUGUAGAGGGGCAGAGCCGGGUGGGGGCGGAGCCAGGGAGGGGGCAGAGCCAGGGAGGAUCCACCAACACUCACGCCUCUGUCUGGUGUUGCUAUAGAAACCAGUCCUGGUUGUGGGGUGAGAUGGUGCUGUUAUCUGGAGCACAGCUCAGAACCACCACACAUCCUGGUCAACAGGACUCCAUCCAGGAAUCCUACCCUGACCUGUCUGUUGUCAUAGCAACACUGCAACGGUCUGGCUGUUGUCAUAGCAAUACUUUGUCAAGCUGUUGUAUUAGCAAGACUAUAUCUGACUGUUGCUACCCUGACCCUGAACUCUGACCCCAGUACUGACCCUGACCUGUCUGUUGUCAUAGCAAAACUGUACGUCUGUCAUAGCGAUAGUAUGUGUGGUUAUUGUCAUAGCAACAUCAUGUUGUACAGAAAUAUUAUAACUGUCUUCAUUACAUGAACUCUAAAUUGUA